AUGGCAAGUCUGAGAUUCUGUUUCUGUUUCUUACUUUUCUGUGCAAGUAAUAUCAUACUUAUUCCAAACAGCUGCCUUGCCAAAAUAUGCCUUCCAAGACAACACAAUCCUUUGUUUGUAUUUGGAGACUCACUAUUUGAUGUUGGAAACAAUAAUUACAUCAACACAACUGAUCAGGCAAAUUAUGCACCGUAUGGGGAAAACUUCUUCAAGUACCCUUCUGGCAGAUAUUCUGAUGGGCGUGUUAUUCCAGAUUUCAUUGCUGAGUAUGCUAAAUUGCCAUUAAUCCAACCAUAUCUGUUUCCUGGUAAUCAUGAAUAUAUUGAUGGGGUCAAUUUUGCAUCAGCCGGUUCUGGGGCCUUAGUUGAAACUAAUCAAGGAAGGGUGAUAGACCUAAAAACUCAACUAAGUUAUUUCAAGAGAGUGAUCAAGGUUCUGCGGCAGAAACUACAAGAUGCAGAAACCAAAAGCCUACUGGCCAGAGCUGUCUACUUGAUCAGCAUUGGAAGCAAUGAUUAUUUGGGUCCUUUGAUGGAGAACUCCAGUGUCAUUGCUUCAUACUCUCCUGAAAAAUAUGUGGACAUGGUCCUUGGAAAUCUGACGACUGUGAUCAAAGAAAUACACAAGCAAGGAGGGAGGAAAUUUGGGUUUCUUAACGUGGGACCUUUGGGUUGUACUCCGCUGGUCAGGGUACUAGUGAAUGGAGGUGAAGGUCUCUGCAGAGAAGAAGUUUCAGCGCUAGUGAAGCUGCAUAACACUGCACUUUCUGUAGAGCUUCCCAAGUUGGAGAAACGACUUAAAGGAUUCAAAUAUUCACUUUACAAUUUCUAUGAUUCAGUUUUUGAUGUGAUAAGUCACCCUUCAAAGUAUGGGAGAGAAGGGAGUGAGGCAUGCUGUGGAAGCGGGCCUUACAGGGGAUAUCCCAGUUGUGGAGGCAAAAGACUAACAAAAGAUUAUGAAUUGUGUAAGAAUGCGAGUGAAUAUGUCUUCUUUGACUCAGUUCAUCCUUCUGAAAGGGCUAAUGAGCUUCUUUCCCAAUUCCUAUGGAAUGGAAAUCACACAAUCACAGGGCUUCACAAUCUGAAAGCACUAUUUCAACAAUGA